AUGGAUGCGUUCAUGACCUCCUUCAUGACCUUCCUCUUCUUCACCUUCCUCAUCGCUUCCAAACUCUUCACUCUCCUCUAUCUCAUCAUGAUGUCUGAACUGCUCAUGAUCAUGAUGGUGUCCAUACUCAUGUUGAGGUUGAGGGUCCUCUCUUUACCAUUCGUGGUGACCGUUACCAUGGUAUCCAUGAGCUGCGACCAGAACUGGAACUGUGUGAACAGACACAACGGGGCUGGAGUGGAUCACAUCCUUCCUAUAGGAAUGACUGACAGCUGGAGCAGCCACAGCGACUACAGGGGUGUGAUGGUAUGCAUGGACAGCUGGAGCAGCAUGGACAGUGUGCACUGGGGCCACCACCACAGGCUGGCUGAUGACGUCCUUCCUUUAGAUAGAGAUGCAAAGGGUUCAUCAGUAAUCAUUGAAAAAAUUCAAUGUCAAGUUAGUUGUCAAUUCUGUAUCUUGGUAUGUUGA